UGCGAGACCUCGAACUGUUUAGUCUGUCUACGCGGUCCCGUUGAACCGGUCGCGGCCUGAUUGACCCCCACUACCUUUGGCCGCUGUACUCCACCACUUCUCACCUUUAUCACACAUAAAGCAUGAGGGCAGCCGUAGUUGUCGCAGCCCUUGCGGUUGUGACUUUGUGUCAAGCCGCGACACCACAAUUGCGGUUUGCAUGGAAACAGAUGGAUUUUACUUGGGAGUCGCCAGAAAUCCGAGCAAAUGCCAUCGCCGAAAAAAGGUUUAUACCUGAGAAUAACCUGCCUCUAGGGUUAGCACGUUGGAAGAACAAAGUUUUUGUUACCGUGCCAAGAUGGAAGGCGGGCGUUGCUUCUACACUUAACUACGUUGAUAUCGAUGGGCCACAAGAUCAACUGCUGAAACCUUAUCCAUCGUUCAAAGACAAUUUUGUACCUGAUGAUGCAAAGGAAUUGCCUUCAAACAGCUCAUUGAUAUCAGUAUUCCGUGUGUUUGUGGACGAGUGUGACAGGCUCUGGGUCAUCGAUUCGGGAAUGGCCGAUAUUUUUGGAGCUGGAAACCAAAUCAAUGGCCCAUCGAUUGUGAUAUUCGAUUUGAAGACUGAUCAACUGAUUCAUCGAUACCAAUGCAAGGCUGGCGACAUGAAGGAAGACUCCUUCUUCGCUAACAUCAUAGUGGACGUUAACAAAGACACGUGCGAUGACGCAUACGCGUAUAUACCUGACUUGGGAGGCUACGGAGUAGUGGUGUACAGUCUCAAACAAGACGACUCUUGGCGCAUUUCCCAUCACUACUUCCAUUUCGAACCUCUGGCUGGCUCCUACAAUGUAAGCGGUAUCGAGUUCCAGUGGACCGACGGCGUGUUCGGAUUGGCUUUAUCUGAACCUAGAGAUGACGGGUAUAGGACAAUGUUCUUCCACGCAUUCUCCAGUACCAAGGAGUUUUGUGUCUCCACGGAGUUGCUACGCAAUUACAAGAGCAUCGACAAGAUCGAGGCAUUCCACGACUUCAAGCUUUUGGGUGACAGAGGCGAGCGUACCCAAUCAGCUGCCAGUUACUACGACCCGAAGACACACGUGCUAUUCUACACACAGGUGAACCGUGAUGGAGUGGCGUGCUGGAACUCCAACAAGCCUUACACACCUGAUAACAAUCCACUUAUCAUCAACGAUCCGAAGUUAUUCGAGUUCCCUAACGACUUGAAGGUGGACGACGAAGGUAUCCUGUGGGUUCUCUCAGACAAACUGGCGCGCUUCCUCUACAGAACCAUGGACCCCAACGAGAUCAACUACAGAAUAUUCAGCAUCAACACCACUGAGGCUGUCGAAGGAACUGCUUGUCAGUAACUUUACAACAAUAUAGCUUUGAAGUUCUGUGACUCUUUGUGUUUGUAGUUUAUGUAGCCUAAGUAUAAGGCUUAUUUAUUUCUUAAAUAUACAUAUUUUGUGAUCAAACCCAAGUGACUAAUUACGAUCCUAUUAAUGUUGUUGCACUUAUAAAUUAUACAUUAUUAACUUUUUUAUGAAAUUCAUAUUUUGUUGAAUUUUGAAAAGAUACGUAUAACUGUAAAUUAUUACAAAGAAAGUUCUUCUUUUAGAUGCGUUUUCUAGAUACGUCUUGGAAACAGAGUUUCUUCGCCUGAUAUUCUUCGAACAAUCAACAGUUAUUUAUCUUUAUUCGCAGUGUACACUCCGUAUGUGUUGAUAGAUUGUUGUUUUAUAUGUAACUCCUUCAAGUUACUUUCGAGUAUAUUUUGAGAAUGACUGUUAUCGUACUGUAAAAGUACCUAAGUACUUACUUAUUGUUUACUGCAAUGUACUCAUAUUUUACUAAUUGCAACGUUUGUUACUGAUAUCGUUUUAAGCACUUAUAUCACUUUUCACUUAGAAGGUUGAAGAAUUUGUAUUCACUAUACUCCUACUACUAACGUUGUUCUAUCUAAAUGUUCUAUUGGUUACUUGUUUAUAUUGAUGUUGAUCUCAGCAGUAAUAAACAAAAGAAUAACGCUAUUGCAGCCAAUUAAUAAAGUGAUAUAAACUUUUAUAACAAUAAUAUCUAGCAACUUGACAUUAUGACGUCAGACGUUAUACAAGGUGUUUUAUUUGGAAACAAGCAAUCUGAUAAGUUUGACAACUUUUAAGCUUACGACGCCCAUGUAAAUGUUCGCUGGUUUAUCUCAAAUUUUGCUGUCUAUGUGUUCUCGAAGCCUUUACAAUCUUACUAAUUUCAAGACACUGAAAAGAAAAUAUUCCGUCCCUUGUCAUCAUUAUUGUAUCUCGAUUGAAUGGACUUAGUAACAGACACGCUGUAUAUAAUAUGUUUAUCUUUUUUGUAUUGUUUAUAUUAGUUCUAGUAAGAUAAGAGUACAAAUUAUGUAACUCAUAAGGUCAUUAGUAAUAAACAAAUUAAAUAUAUGAAGGAGUGUUUCAAUAAUGAA